ACUAAGAGGAAACACUUAGUCAGGAAGUAAUGUGCCAAGUCUGUCUGAAGCAAUGAUAUGAGAACAAAUGAUCGACACAAAACAUAUGCACAAAAACCCAGUUAAAGACACAAUGGAAAUUGAUUUGGACUUGCUGAAAUCAACAAAAGGUCUAUUGAAAAUAGCAGAAGUGGUGUCUGUUUUCGUGGCUCUUGUGUGUUAUGCUGUGGCAUCUAGGCCUCCCUAUAUUGCAGCAACGUGCAUGGAGUUUUUCAUUACACUUGGCUUCCUUCUGCUUUACCUACUGAAACUCAACAAGAUGUUUACCUUCAUCUUCUGGCCUCUUAUUGAUGUGUUUAACUCAUUUUUUGCUGCAGCAUUGAUGUUUAUUCUCAGCCUUCUAGCUGUUUCUACAUAUAGAUUGAAGGGCACUCUGGGUGGAGGAAUUGUGGGUCUUGUGGCUGUGGCCUUGUGGUGUCUGGAUGGUUACCUCCUUUUCAAGAAAAUCACAUUCAACAAGCCGGGAACGAAAACAACAGAUCAUGAAGUGGAAAAUUAAU